CGCCCCGUUCAGACCUAGCUAUUUCCUCCCCUGGGCGUCGGCAGCACCGGGACUACAGCAGACCGGAACUGGCAUGCGUGGCUCAGUGGUGACACAACAGGCCCGUUGGAUCGCUGGACGUCGAAGAAGCCUUCCAUUUCCCCGCCUGGGCAGCACCGCCAGUCUCAGUCUGUCCGCGAGGCAGACACCUCCAGGUGCUCCGCCCAUCACGAGAGCCCCCUCGCUGCGGGAUCUCUAUCCUCAUCGAUCCCAGUCCACGCUGUCCCCUCUGAGCGCGCGGCCCUUCUCCACUGCGUUCUCUCUUGCUCCCACCAGCUCUACCAUGGCCUCGUUCACUCCCCCUCAGGCUGCCCCGACGUGGACCCACUCUGCAGACGAUGUCCUGAGACUCACCAAGGAAGCCAUUGCGAACGAUACGACGGCACUUGACAAGGUCGCUGCUCUGAAGCCCGAAGACUGCAACUUCGAGACUGUCUUCCUUGCGCUGGCUGAGGCAGAGACCGCGAUAGAUGCGGCCGUCGAACCUCUGUCCUUCUACCAGAACGUUUCUCCGUCCAAGGAACUCCGUGAUGCCUCGAACGAAGCAGAGGUGCUCGUCCGCGACUACGGGGUUGACGCCUCCAUGCGACUGGACGUGUUCCAAGCCAAGCUUGCUGCUGAGAAGAACAUCAAAGCAAGUGGGCAGAAACUCGAUGCAGAGGAACAGCGUUUGGUGGACAAGAUGCUCCUGGACGGGAAGCGCGCCGGACUUGCGUUGCCCGAGGCGCAACGCGAUGAGCUGAUGAAGCUCAAAAAGGAACUCAGCCAGGCGUCUCUGGAGUUCAGCAAAAACUUCAACGAGGAGAAUAGUACGGUGACAUUCACCAUAGAGCAGUUGAAAGGCGUGCCUGCGGACGUCACAUCUGGCUAUACGAAGCGCACCGAUGGAGGAAAGGAAGUAUACGACGUAACAAUGAAAACGCCAGAUAUCUUCCCUAUCUUCAGGAUGGCCGAGAACCCAGAGACCCGCCGGCUAGCCUCAGAAGCCUACGACCGCAGGCUGGAGAUCAACGCGCCCCUACUUGACAAGAUGCUCGGUCUGCGCCGCAAGAUCGCUAGCAUACUGGGCUACCCGACCUGGGCAGACUACAUCACCGAGGUCAAGAUGGCGAAGGACUCAAAGACGGUCAUCGAGUUCCUAGACGACCUCGAGCAGAAGCUCCGCCCGAUCGGCGCGCGCGAGCGCGUGACGCUGCUUGCGCUCAAGCAGGAGGAGCACGCCGCGAAGGGCUACCCGUUCGACGGCGAGCUCUACAUGAGCGACUUCUGGUACUACUCGCGCCGCCUGCUCGAGCGCGAGCUCGAGCUCGACGACCAGAAGGUCAAGGAGCACUUCCCCGUCAACAAGGUCGUCCCCGCGAUCCUCGAGAUCUACCAGCAGCUGCUGGGCGUGCAGUUCGUCGAGGUCAAGAGCGAGACGCUGUGGCACCCUGACGUGCAGCAAUUCGCGGUAUGGGAGAAUGGUGCGAAGGACGAGUCUGGUUUUGUCGGCUACUGCUACCUCGACCUCUUCCCGCGCGAGGCGAAGUACUCGCAUGCCGCGGUCUGGCCGCUGCUCCCCGGGUACACCCGCCGCGACGGCAAGCGCUCCUACCCGCUCGCCGCGAUGGUCGCGAACCUCGCGAAGCCGACGCCGACGACGCCCGCACUAAUGCAGCACAGCGACGUCGUGACGUUCUUCCAUGAGAUGGGCCACGUCUUCCACGGGUUGCUCAGCAAGACACGGUUCGCGCGGUUCCAUGGCACUGCGGUCGCGAGGGACUUCGUCGAGGCGCCUUCGCAGAUGUUGGAGAAUUGGUGCUUCGAGCCCCCGGUCCUGGAGAAGAUGUCGAGCCACUACGAGACGAAGAAGCCGCUCCCUCGCGACCUCAUCGACAAGAUCAUCAAAAGUCGAUACGUCAACGUCGGUCUGUACUACCUCCGCCAAGUCUUCUUCGCAAAGUUCGACAUCAAGGUGCACACGGAUAAAGAGGCCACCGACUACACCGCGCUGUGGAAUGACCUCCGCGAGGCGAUCACGACCGUCAAAUUCAAGCAGCGCGCGGCCGGGCAGGGCUCGUUCAACCACAUCGCCGGCGGAUACGACGCGGGCUACUACGGCUACACGUACUCGCUCGUCUUCGCAGCCGACAUGUACGCCACCGUCUUCAAGCCGGACCCCCUCGACCCCGCCCGCGGCGCCAAGUACCGGGACGCGAUCCUCCGCCCUGGAGGCAGCAGAGAAGAGGACGACUCGCUCAAGGAGUUCCUCGGGCGGCCACCCAACUCAGAGGCGUUCGUCCGCGAGCUCUUCGGGCACACGGGGUCUGCCGGGUCCAACCUCUAGUCCCCUCUCGUCUCACCCUCGUCAAGUCGAUACGCACUGUUUCUCGCCCCCACGCAUGUUCCGCACCUGCCCGCUCUGCAUUGUCUUACCGCAUGUAUCCGCUUCCUGCUCCCAUAUCCACACACCAUUCACAUCAAAUAUGCGCACGAAGUUUGCGGAUCUUUUCUAUGAUAUCUCCUCAGGGUCUCGCACUCUGAGGCUGACAGGUCUGUGAAGUUCAGAACCUGUGGACAAACGAAGUCCCGGAUCGUUCCGAUGAAUCGCACGACGUCGCUGCGGUUCUCGCUGACUAUCAUUGCAGUCACAGAAGCUCUCGGUAUCUGAGUAUAACUUACAAGUGCCAGUCCUGAGUCACCUGGGGUCUGUAUGUACGUCUGAUUUAUC